AUUUAAAGGCCAGCACAAUACUUAUGCAGAUCUUUUGUCUCGAUUGCAGGUACAACACUUCAAACGUUUAUGCCCAGAAGCCGAAGCAGAUCCAACACCAACCCCUUCAUCGAUACUACAACUCUUCAAAGAGAUUUCUUGACGCAGUUAAGGUUUACACGUCGACGUACAAAGUACUGUAGAAACCCCCGAGUUAUACAUGUUAGCUCGAUGUCCUUCCAACGAUCAACAAAUAAUGUACAGCGAAGUUCGCAUGGAUGACAUACGACAUUUGACCACGACAAAUGUGGAAGGCAUCGAAAUUUCGAAUAUACUGCGAAUAUUUAAGGGUGAUGCUCCCGCUUGUCAGUUUGAGGCUGGCCAUCAAAAGGGUGGGCACUACUUUUGUUGGGCAUGCGGAAUGCACGCCGAGAGAUCUAAGGAGUUAGUGCAUAUAUUUAAUUUAUCGCAUACGUCAUUACAACAGAAGCUGCAAUCAUUAUCAGCUACGAUAUACGGUCGAAAUGCGCUGAACAAAAAAUAUUUACAUUACACAGAUAAUAUAUCUAAGGUAGAUAUUAUAGCAGAUUUACACGAACGCGAGGUAAAACUUGGAUGCGAAAAUAAAAAGGAUGCCCUCCUGAAGAUGCUUGACAGAGAAUUGAAAGGGAGUCAACGUGCUCCAGCACUGUUGUAUGCAUCACCAAAUUGUUCUUUGUCGCAGUCUGGUCUCGCCAAUUACGAAAUCCUUCCUUGCGAGCCGUUACAUUGUAUUGCUGGCCAUUUAAAAAAUUUAUACCAUGAAUUGCCAUUCCACCUAAACAAGAACGAUAGGAAGUUAUUUGAAACAACGGUUGCAGCCUCCUUCAGCGGUAAAGAAGCUAAACGUGCUGCUGAUUAUAGAUUAAGCUUGGUAGACUGCACAAACCACUUACACGGGAAGGUAGAUCAAAAGGUUUUUGAAGUUCUGGAAACAGCUUGUGAAAUUCAGGAAAUCAUGUACAGUCCAGAGCAGUGCCGCACACCUACAUCCAUAUUGCGACUGCACAAUACCACCUUCUUACAUGCGUUGGCACUGAACGAAGUGAUUAAAAGCCCAAAAUCAUUAACCAAACGCAAACUGUAUGGUCAGUAUUACCACUCAUUGAUUGCACAUGCACCAGAACAAUACCGUAUCUUCUCUGGACCUACAACAAAUACAGAAAAUGAGGAAAGAAGCUUCAACUUCCUUAAAGUAAUUUCUUCGCAGACCUCAAAUCACCACCCUGCAAAUGUGAUCCUAAAUGCAUUUUUGAGACUGCAAGUUAAAGAGGAAAACUCCAAUCAUACCAUCUUAUCUGGUAUUGAAAGCAAAAUAAGUAAACACAGUAAUGGAAUUUUAAGUAGAAAAAGAAAUACAAUUAUACCUUACCAUGUAAUUGAAAAACAUCCGUGGACAUACCAAGCCCACCUCGAGCGCAUUGCUGAUUAUUUGGUAACACCUCAAUUUUGGAAAGAAGCAGACAGUGGCAUUGAAUUUUUCGACACCAACGAGGCACUAAACACAACCAAAAAAACUCAUCACUUUCGGCAACACACAAUAGAAACAGAAAAGGAAUUUUUAAAGUUGUGCUGGGAAAAAUAUUUAAGCCAUCCAGAAAAAAUACCAGCCUUCAAAAUAAAAAUUGAAAACAAGAGUGAUGCCACAUUAAUUAAGUUUCUUGACACCAUAAGCUUUGCUUCCACUAUGAGAGAAGAAACAACACUUACAGAACCAGCCACUAGCAUUGAUGCAGUAUUAGCAUCGUCACCAAUGAACACCUCAAUACUGGAUUUUUCAAGCCAUCAUUCUGAAACACCAAUGACUCCUCUGACAAGCACUCCAAAAGCAGCACCAACAAUACCAAAAGAGUUGCCAUCAAAUCGUAUGAUCUCCUUAAAAAAAGUGCAUACAACAGAAAUGAGCAAGACAGCAAAUUUGCUUGUAAAGAUAUUAGGAGAUUGCAAGUUAGUCAGUGAAUACGACAACAUUAGAAAGUGUUUCAAAACCCACCCCAACAUGUACAGACAACAAUUAUGUCAAUUAUCAGCCCAAAUAGAAGUAAAGUUAGUGGUAGCAAGAAACAAUAUUAAAAAACAACUUAAGGAGACUGAAAUGAAACUGCUGCAAUCACAAAAGGGGAUUGACAUUGUGUCUAAAAACGAAGAAGAUCAAAUGGUUUAUAACAAAAAUGUUAAAAAAUUGUCAAUAAUUACACAAUUAAAAUCACAGUUUAAUUUGUAAAUAACUUUUGACACUUAAUUUUUGUUGUUCUUAAAAAGGAAAAUCCGAGGUGGUAAAUGCCGGAUUUCCACUUGAAGUAAAACAUAUGUAACACAACGUAUUAUUUUGGUGUCAAUGAUUGGUUUCGCUUAGUAAAACUACAGAUAUAAUUAUUAGAUUGUGUGAUUUUUAACGAUAUUUGGUAAUCAGAUUCAAUUGUAUAUACAUCUUCAAACAUGAAAAUUCAUAAGCGAACGUCUCAAAAGGUUUGUAAGCAAUUCGUAUAAUUUGUAUCAAAAACUUUGCAUCGAUUUAUUAAAUCUUUUGCAUUUUAAUACAUUCUUUUUCGUAUCACUAAAAUUAUAAAGUUCGUGUAAAGUUCGUAUAAUUUGAAAUGAAGUUUGUAUGUAAUUUGUAUAUACAAAAAAUAAUAAAGUUUGUUUCGUUAUACGAAAUUUGGUGACAGGCCUUAUAAAAAACUUUAAGUUCUGAAGAUAAUUUGUUUAUAAAGUUUUUAUAUAUGAACAUCGGUUAAAAUUUGAAACGAAGCACUUUGUAUGGCUUUCGUUUAACGAAACCAAAUAGUUCAUAAAAUAUUGACAGGCAAUUGGAAAAACAGGAAAUAUAAUGCAGAAUUUAAGUAUAGAAAGUCGUACUAUGGUUAAAAACUUGCGCUGUGCCUAGUAGCAUCAUUUUACUGACAUAUGUUCUAACUGUAAAUCCAAGGUCUGGGAAUAUAAACAACACAACAUCACACAGGAAUUCAUCUAUAUAGACUAUUUUGGAGUAAAAACAUUAGCUCUGCUAUUGGACACUAUGAACAAGCAAUAAUCAGUGUAUUUUCUGAUAGCCAGCUACAGCUUUAAAAAAUUAGUAUAUGUCUGUACUGGAUAGGUAGCUGUGACUAGGUAGCUAUAUAGAGUAUAGUUAUAGGUAUAGCUAUAGUUAUUUUGUGGUAGCUAUUUAGCUAGCUAGCUAUAGAAAUCGUAUCAUGUAUAUAUAUAUAUAGAACUUUACUAUUCCCGAAAACCUUAUGUCACUGUAAAGGAUAUUAUUAUCAGUAAAUACGAAAAUGAACUAGAUUA